GCCAAGCUUCAGGUUGAGUUUCUCAAUUUUGCCCUUUCUUUUAUCAUCCAUUCUCCUCUCCGGCUUCAUCCCUAGCCUCCUCAAGUCGACCGUUGCGGCUACUUGAACGUCAUCACCUCCCCUCCGACCUCCUCACAGGCCCCAUCCUCGACUAACUCGAUCUCCUCGUCAGCCUCUCCCCACUUCAACGUCUCCAACAAUUGUCUCUAAGGGCCCAUCCCUUCUCUUCUCUCCAACCGCUUCAAUGGCAGCUCUUCCACCGGAAAUCGCAGCCUUUAUGGUUUAUCUUUGCCACCCUUGCUGAGCUUGGAUCUCAGCUUCACCAUCAUUUGCAUUUGCCUACCGGUCGCUAAGAAGGAAGAUUGAGACAACAGCUGAAAGCCAGGGAUGAACGCACUUCAAGAAACAACAUGUUCAAUAGUUUUUUUACUUGUACAAGACACCAAGUCCUUACAGAUGUAACAGAUCUGAAAAAGAAGAAGACGAAGCAACCCACGCAUGCUUGUUUAUUGCCUUCUCAAGGUAGUAAUUGAUGAAAGAGACAAGCCUUGAAUGAAGCAACUUUUGCACAUGCUUGUCUUCUUGGAUUCAUGCACAAUCCCAUAUUCCAGAUACUUAUCUUAUAUGUCAUAGUGAUUAGAAGACAAAAACCAUCAUUAUUGUGGAGACAAAGCAUCACUUCCCAAUACUGAAACCCUAAUCUACAGAGGAAAACGAAAAGGUUUUUCAAGAAUGGAUACUGGAGAAUCUCAACAUAGGGGAAGGGGACAAAACAAACAUUAUUGGACUAUUGAGGAAGAUAAGGCCCUAAUUGAAGCCUUAGUUGAGUUAUCCAUAGAUGCUAUGUGGCGGAGUGAGAAUGGAUUUCGGAAUGGGUACUUAUUUCAGUUGGAGAGAAUGAUUAAGGCAAAGAUUCCACGAACUACACUGAAGGCCAUGCCAAACAUUGAGUCUCGAGUGAAAUUGUUAAGGAGACAGACUACAGCUAUUGCCGAUCUUCUAUGCAUAAGUGGCUUUGUUUGGAACCAUGAAAAUAGCACAAUUGAGUGUGAGAAAAGCUCAUAUGACGAGUAUGUCAAGAAUCACAAAGAAGCUGCCGGCCUUUAUGGGAAAUCUUUUCCCUUUUUCAAUGAACUUGCUCCGGUCUUCACAAAAGAUCGAGCUCAUGGUAAUGCAAGAGGUGAUUUGGGAGAUGAUGCAACUCAGUAUAUGCAUGAAAACACUAGUUUUGAGGAGAAUACAGGCCCAUCUCAACUUCCAAGCGAUGAUUUUUUUGCAUUCAUGCAAGAACCUAUUGAUCCCUCAUCACCCAUGACUUCAGAAAAUAAUGCGUCCUCAACAUCUAAACGCCGAAAAAAAAAGGGUCUUGCCAAUGACACAUCACUCGAGGUAAUUUCUGAAAAAAUAGCGCAAUUCGUGGAGGUAGUUGGGCCAGGACUUAAGGCGAUAGCAGAUUGCGCGGUUCGUAACGCUGAGACUGUUGCUCUCAUGGAAGCGUCCCGCAAAGAGGCUGAUGAAAAGAAGAAAGAGUUUGAGGAAAGGAAAAGAUUGCUAAAUGAAGUCGUCUUCAACAUUGAUGGUUUAUCGGAGGAUGAUGCACUAGUUGUAAUACAAUUUUUGCGAAAAGAUGAAAAUGAACUCGACAUGUUUUGGGACUUGCCAAAUGACAAGAAGCUUCGUUUUUGUCGUUUGAUUUUAGCGAGAAUGUCAUUUCAUCCACCUAACAUGUAAGCCACAUUUGUAUACAUGUUUUAGGUUUGGUGAUUGUGUGGUUGUGGUCUUUUGAUUAUGGACUUAGUUGGUACUUGGCUUAUGUGGACUUUUGAUUAUGGACUUCGUUAGUACUAUGGUAUUAGUGAUGUAUUGUUUUAUGACUACUAGGUCAUGGAGUUGUAUUAUGAUAUUUU